UAUGCAGGGCCCUAGUAAGGAGCCGCUUUGUCUGUCCCCGGUAUUCCACAGGCAACUCGACGCGUCCUAUGAUCAACCAAUUAUCUCCAGACGCUAUUCGGACCACGGAAAGACUGACACUCGCUGCCGUAUCCAAAAGUCCCGCCAGCGUUUGGGUCAGGGCUCAGACUUCCGCGAAUGGUCGAGGGACUUCCGUUGCACUGAGCUUCACAGUGGCAACCACUUCUCGUCUACUAGCUUGUCGUUUUCUGAAUGUACUGCAGAAAUUCUACCCGGUACACGAAUUUUUCCACAGAGUUGGGGUCAUCCUCGCCGUCGAAGGAAACUUCUGCUCUUCAAGGGGGCUUCGGUGGCUCCUUUGGUGGUGGCAGCCUGUGGUCGCCGGUAGUUGCCGACCGAAGACACUUGGGGUCUGUACCUCGAGGAUCCUGACAUGGAUACCGCGAAGCUGUCGUCUCCGUCCGCUGCUAAUGCCGAUCCGGUAAGUUUCCUUGUGGAAGUUGAGGACGCUGACCAGCAGGCCGUAACACCUUGUUCAUCAGCUUCAUUAUUUCCAAAAACUAUCCCGGAUUUCAUAGCACAAAGCCUUGCUGACUUGGCAACCUAAUCCACGUCUGGUACUUGGAACCGGAAUUCGCGGUCAUCCAUCUGCAGCAAAGCCAAUGUCCCCGAAGAGCUCCUCCGCACUUGAAAGCCCACGUUUUCUUCACCCUGCUGCUGUACCUGUCGGAAUUCGCGAGCCUCCGCAUUACCGUAGCAACACAUAUCCGCAUAACAUACUGCGGCAGAAUACUUCGAGACAGUGUUGCCAGGUGAAAAUUUAGCUUUCCCCUAAAAAAUCGCAAACAGUCGAUCCAGUUUAUACCUAAUUUAAAAAAAAAUCAGGUAAUUUCGAAAAUGUACAAUAAAAUAAGAAAUAUCUCAUU